CGCGUAGGAGACCUAGGAGGGUGACGCAAUUCCGGCGCGCCAUCGAUGGAGGUGGUUGGCCGCCAUGCCCGCCGGGGUGCCCUGGUCCACCUACUUGAAGACGCUGGCUGCCAGCAUGAUGGCCAUGUUCGCGGGAGCCGAGGUGGUGCACCGCUACUACCGGCCUGACCUCAGUAUUCCUGAAAUACCCCCUAAGCCUGGAGAGCUGAGAACGGAGCUGCUGGGUCUGAAAGCGAGGUCAGAAAAAGCUGAAGCGUCACAGCACUGACUGCAGCUUGCUUUCUGUGUGUGAGAACUAUGUAGGUUGCUCCAAAAGUAAUGCCUGUUUAUUGCCAUGGAGUUAACAACCGAUGCAAGAAGCACAGUAAGAAUUCUAGCAAAUUGCAUGCUACAAAGCACAGCACCCAGCACCUCUGGCAUCAUGGACCAGCAUAAUGGCACAGGAGGCGUUACUUUUGGAGCAGAUUGAAUAGGACAGCUGGAACAUUUGCUCAACUCUCUCAGCUGCAGGAAUCCAUAUGUGAAAUACUUCAGCUUUCUUGAAAGCAGAAUUAUAUGUGGCGUACAUUAAAAAUAAACUUAUGAUGAAUUCUGCUAAGAAUGUAAUAUGUUUUAUGUCAAAACGUACAAUUUUGUUUAAUCCUGAUUUGCAAUGUAAAUAUUCUUCAGAAUAAAAAAUGUGUACUUGUGUUUGGCCAAGUCUAA